CGAUGGAGGAGAGGCGCAAGCCGUCGCUGGUGCUGUCCAGCCAGAUGCCGGUGCAGGCGCUGGAGCGCUUCAUCACGUCGGGCUACCGCAGCCCCGGCUACAGCGCGGCGCAGUGCCUGCGCUCCGCCUUCAUGUGCACCAACGAGACGCUCAACUUCUGGACGCACUUCCUGCCGCUCUUCGUGUGUCUCGCCAAGUUCUGGCAGCUGCUGCUCUUGCAGCAGCAGCAGCAGGGCGACGCGCAGCAGCAGCUGUGGCCGCUGUGCGCGUACGCGAUCGGAGUGUGCUUCGUGUUCACGUUCAGCAGCGUGGCGCACCUCUUCAACGCCAUGUCGCUGCGCGUGCGCGACCUCUGCUACUACUUCGACUACGGCGCCGUGAGCAUCUACGGGGCGGGCGCGUCCAUCGCCUACUACCACUACGUGAACCCCAGCCUCAAGGUGCUCGACCGGGGCUUCAUGUCCGAGUGGCUGCGGGAGCGCUCGCCGCGGCUGCUCGACCCGAACGCGCACGGCGUCUUCUGCGCCCUGCUCGACCGCCUCUUCAAGCCGCUGGCGUUCGCCUUCUCCGUCGUCUGCACCGUGGCCUGCUGCCUCAGCCGCCUCAAGCGAUGCAAGCACCGCUACGCCAUCCGCACGCUCGUCUUCCUCCUGCCGCAGACCCUGACGCUGCCCGUCACGGCCGACCUGCUCGUCUUCUGGCCCGACGUGCGUCACAUCACCGCCGCAUUCGCCGCCAACUUCGUGCGCCACUUCACGUGGCUCUUCCUGGCGGCGCUCUUCAACAUCAGCAAGCUGCCCGAGCGCUGCCUGCCCGGCGCCUUCGACAUCGUGGGCCACAGCCACCAGUGGUUCCACCUCUUCACCUUCCUCGCCAUCCUCGACGAGAUGUACAUGAUCGAGGAGGCCAUGUCGGCACACCUCGGGGCCCUCCCGGGAGCCGCGCCCGACUUCGCGUCCACCGUGGGGUUCAUGCUGGCGCUCAUCGGCUGCACGUGGGCCAUCAUCUUCGUGUUCAGCAGGUUCACCGGGCGCCGGGCGGACGCCGGGGACAAGGACAAGUAGCCUCGUCGCAUCGUCCUUGCGGCGUCGAGCACAACGAGCCCGCGCGUGUGUCUGUGUGUGUGUGUGUCACGUGUGUGUGUCUGUGUCACUUGUGCGUGUGUCUGUGUCACAACGAGCCCGCGCAUGUCUCUGUGUGUGUGUGUGUCUGUGUCACUUGUGUGUAUGUCACUUGUGUGUGUGUCUGUGUCACUUGUGUGUGUGUCUGUGUCACUUGUGUGUAUGUCACUUGUGCGUGUGUCUGUGUCACUUGUGUGUGUGUGUCUGUCACUUGUGUGUGUGUCUGUGUCACUUGUGUGUGUGUCUGUGUGUCUGUCACGUGUGUGUGUGUCUGUGUCACUUGUGCGUGUGUCUGUGUGUGUGUCUGUGUCACUUGUGUGUGUGUCUGUGUGUCUGUCACGUGUGUGUGUGUCACGUGUGUGUGUGUGUCUGUCACUUGUGUGUGUGUGUCUGUGGGGAGCGGUAGUGUAGCGGUUAGCGUUACGCUGCGCUAUGAACCUGGCGACCCGGGUUCUAUUCCCGCUCACGACCAACACCAGUGACGAUUAUCUGAACCGGUCCCGGGCCUCCCCUAGGUCGACUCAGCCUCAAAUGAGGACCUGAUGCGGUGUGUAAACAUGGCCACUGGGGAGACAAAGGCGGCCGGGCGUGGUGUUGGCCAUUCACCCCCUCGUGUGCCGUGCCAGCCUUCUUAGGUGCGCGCUAACAGCACUUGCCCUUACAGUAUGUUAAGGCUACAUGGAGGAUCUUUGUCUUUUUUGCGUGUGUUCUCCCAUACACAAGCAUGCGUGUUCUCCCUACCUCCCUGUCCCAUAGAGUACACGAGCAUGCGUGUUCUCCCCUACUCUCCCCUGCCAUGAGUACACGGGCAUGCGUGAGGUGCGUGUGUUCUCUCUCUCUCUCAGAUGUGUCGAGUGGCCGGGAAAGUACCAAGGGUGCUUGACAUUCACUGUCGUCAUUACCCGAUGUGUUUCAUUCGUUUGUUAAUUCACGCAUUUUACCCGGAUAGCCCCUUGGGAUGGUUCCACCCUGG